AUGUCAACAAUCCAACUUCUUGUUUUCUUUCUCUUUCUCUUUAGUUCUUUUUUUUUUUUUAUCAUGAUUUUAUUUGUAUUGACAAAUAUUUUUUCUCAAUUUUCUUUUGUUGAUACACCUUUUGUUUUUCUUCCUCCUAUUCCUCAUGAAGUCAUUCCUCCUCCUCCUCCUCCCGUUGUACCUUGCAGUGUGAUAUCCUUGGAAAUAAGGUGGUUUAUUGUUUUCUUGGUUGCUCACAAGAAUCUGAUCUGGCAAACCCUUCAAGUAUUGGCUCCCCUCAUGAUUGUCGUUUUUUAUAUCAUGUGGUUGACAGUAUGUGACGUUUGGUUCAUCAUCAACCUCGCGUUUGAUGCCUUUGCCUCUGUCACCACUGCACCGAUUGUUGCUUCGCGCCCGGUGAGGUUGGCUUCCGCUUCUCCUUCUUGUCGUCCUCCUCAACCCAUUAUCACCACUUCAUCGAUUGUUGCUUCGCGCCCGAUGGAGUUGGCUUCCACUUCUCCUUCUUAUCAUCCUCCUCUACCCGUUACCACCACUUCAUCGAUUGUUGCUUCGCGCCCGAUGGAGUUGGCUUCCGCUUCCCCUCGUCUUCCUUCUCUUUCUCAAGUUCCUUCUCGACCUCCCACCACUUUACUGAUUGAUGCUUCACCCACAGUAAAGUUGGCUUCCGUUUCUCCCCCUCUUUCUCCUUGUCUUCCUCCUCCUCAAGACAAUCAUCAAGAAAAAGAAGCAGACAUCAUCUCGCCCACUGUGGACGAUGUCUGUGAUUUGUCUGUUGGACUGGUGCCUGACGUUUCUCUUCCUCCAUAUGCGCCAUUGGGUUCCCUUGAUGUCUCUGCCCCUCUACAAGAUCAAGUGUUGUUCCCUUUGGCCCAUUACACAAACGUCAUCUCUUUUCCUUCUCCUUUUUCCUUCUUCUUUUCUCCUUCCUUUGGUGUUCGUCGUUCUUCCUUCCGUUCCGUGUGUCGCCCUGUUUUCAAAGAUGUGAAACGCAUCCACUGUCGUGGUGUCCAUCGCGUUGCAUCUGGAGGUGUUCGCCGUGUUGCUUGUGGUCGCUCUCGUCGACUGGUGUUUACGCGUGUUUGGCACCUUGCUGGUCGUCCUCGUCUUUCUGCUGGUGUUUCUCGUCCUCCUUUUGCCACUGGUGUUCCUCAUCCACUUCCCUCUGCUGAUGUUGUUCUUCCUCCUUCCUCCGGUGUUCGCCGUUCCCCUCUUCGUGGUGUAUAUCGUCAUCGUUAUCAUGAUCGCCGUCGUGUGCAUUUCCGCGGUGACCAUUAUACAUCAUCUCCUUCCAUCCGUCAUGUCACCCUCGGUCACUCUUAUCGCCUUGCUUUUCGCCUUGCCUGGAUAUUUGGAUAUGGUAAUGGCAAUCAUCCAUUUGUCAGGAUUCGACAUCGGUCUUCUGCUUCUCCUUCCCUUGUCGUUCCUUCUCCUUCAACGGAUGAUGUCCCAUCUUCAAAUACCGCCCCUUCACCUGUUGCUGCUGUCUCCCCAUCCAAUGAUGAUGCUGUUCCUCCCUCAAAUCAACCUACGCACAUCAUUCCCUCUUCUUCACCUUCUCGUACCGAUCCUCCAAAAGCAGCAACAAUCCAUUCUCCUCGUCCUCGACCUUCCGGACGUGAACUAGUCUUUGGACCUGCCAUCCGUCAACCUCUCAUCCCAGAAAGUGUUCGACAAGCACUUUUGGGAAAGCUUGCGUAUGGUCCUUCUAGUUCCUCCGAUCCUACCUUGGCAUCAUCCUCCUCCAAGCCAUCUCCUGAACGUGUGACUCAGCCAAGUGUUCCUAAAGAUGUCCCUCCUACUUGCUGUGACAUUAGCCGAAAAAGAAAAGCAGAGGCCGACCUGGAUGCACGACCUAUCCCCAAGAUCAUUCCUCGUACAUCGACAUCAUCAUCAUCAUCAUCAUCAUCAUCAGCAUCAACAUCAUCAUCAUCAUCAUCAUCAUC